AUGGGUUGCAUUGAAAAACUAGAUGUCGUUUAUAAUUUUAUACAAUUGUGUAUAAAAAGUGAGGAGUAUCGAAAGGCGCAAUUAGAAUUACAAAUCAAGGAUGCUAAAUUUACUCAAGAAAUUAAGGAGGAAAUUUUUGCUAGUUUUACCUGUUAUAUUUGUAGCAAAUCAUUCAGAUUGAAACGUACCUUAAGUCUUCACAUAACUCGAAUACAUCUAAACCCCAAAAAAAAUGUGAAAAGAAAAUCAGGAAAAGAAUCCAAAUCUGAUCAUAAUACCGACAAUAUUAAAAAUGAAGUCAAAACAGAAGAAGAAGAUAAAAAACAUUUGCAAUCGCUUAUAAUUUUUGAUACAGAAAACAAAAAUCAAACCAAAGAAGAAAUCAAAAGUGACAAAACUUUCAGUGAUUCAGAAAAUAAUGUUUAUGAUUAUAGCAGUUCAGAAGAAUUAUUAUCUCAUAAAGAAAAGAAACCUUACAAGGGCCAAAAGCGUGACUUUUCAAAACCGUAUUCAGAAACAAGGCAAGCAAUGAAGUACAUACAAUACAUAAGAAAACAAGAUGUUGAAAACAGAUAUUUCUUCAGCUUAGUUGUAAGUAUAAACCCAGUGAAUAAGUAA